AUGGUGUCAGUAACAAUAACAAUAGAAAGAAACUUGGGUUUAUUAGAAAAGUACCAAUUGGCCUGCAAUCUGCUCAAUUGCUAUGGUAGUAUCAAGCUCCCUGUCUUGCUAGAUCAUCUUGCUGUUGAAGGAUAUCCCGCACACUUUCAUCUCAAUACUUUUCAGCCUGCACUUCGAACCUUACUUGAUGCUCAUCCUAAUCUCUUAGUCACUAUUAGAGACAAGAAGACCAAACAUGCUCACUUUGUACUAUUAUCGCAUGCCGAUCUAUCAAAAAUAGUCCUUAUUACACAACCACAAGAGAAAAAGAUGGAUCAAAUUGUUCAAGAACUUGUUUCCAUUCAAUACUUUGAUAAUCAAGACAUCGAAACUGAUCCGCUCUUGCCCCUGUGGCGAUUGCAUGUUGUGCCUCAAUCUACCACCAGUUGCAUUGUUAGUUUUGUCGUGUCUCAUGUAGUAGCUGAUGGUAUGAGUUUAACUGUCAUUUGGAAAGAAUUCUUGAAGGCAUUAAAAAACGAUAGUCAUACUGACAGCAGUAAAUACAUUGUCAAGAUCAACACAAAUCAACGAGUUCCACCUCCUUAUGAAAAAUCAGGUGCAUCUUCCGUCUCAUUUAUUCGUGAUGUGUUACCAAAAGCCUAUACAGACUUAUUGCCUAGCGUACUGCCUACUUGCCUUGCUCGUUUGAUCAAUCCUAUUCGUUACAAAAGCUGGAAAGGUGAAGCUCUCGCUGUUCCUGGUCAAAAGCAUGAUAGUUGUAAGCGUGGUAUUUCUGCCCAUGCCGUCUUGGUGGCUGCUAAAUUCCUUGUCUGGGCUCAUCUAUACCCUCAAGCAUGCACUAAAUUCUAUACAUCUAUCAAUACCCGUGGUUUCUGUCAUCCGCCCUUAUCUCCCAAUCGUAUAGGUAACUUUAUUGGUAUUCACGAUAGUAUAUGGGAUACUCAGCAACUAUUGACCCAAGAUAUCUGGACUAUUGCAGCCAUGUAUCACCAAGAUUUGCAAAAGCACAAAUACGAUGGUAUCAAAGAAACGUUGAUGAUCAAAUACCUAGGCAGUUAUCCCAAGGGUUACUACAAGUACCCUGAAAUCAAAUGAAAGGGCAGUCUGUACAAAAGAGAAGGUGGCAUCGAUCUAUCUAAUCUUGGGAGGAUUCAAGUGACAGAUGGUUCCUGGAGAACAUGUCAAAUGUUCUUUGCUCAAACUUCUUAAACCUAUACUUUUUCGCUUGAUUUAAAUUCACUUUGUUUCGAUGAUGCAAAUAUGGAACAAGUUCAAGCUCUGUCUUUACAUGUUUUGAAAGAUGCUUUAUUUAAAUAAUAAAAAGAUUAACG